AUGCGUCCAAACGAGAACGUGCUGGGCAUUCGAGCGCCCGGUAGCCGUAGCGAAGGCAUCGCCUAUGGAAGUACGACCCGGGACUGGAGUGAGGUCGUCGUAAUCUCUCGAUGGUCCGGUGGCCAGAACGACAUCCAGGAAAAGGUACCCACACGAAUAGCAUAUGCUGAUGAGAAUAACUUUUCCAUUGAUCGCUGGGGGUACGAUGUGAAAUCGGGCAUGACAAGCACGCAGUGGUUCAAGCUACUGCUCGAUAGCAACACCCGAGUCACAGACUUCGAUGACCCGCAGCUGCAGCAGUCCAUCGGAACAACCCUCAUGCGCCUGCCAGAAGGAAAAUGCGCAGAGGAAGUCGCUUCUGAUUUCCUGUCGAUGCUCUACAGCCACACUAUUAGCUCUCUCUCGGAUCUGAUCGGAAGAACCGCUCUUGAGCAGACCGCAAUCAUAUUUUCAAUUACAACACCUGCAACCUGGUCUCUAGCCGCUCGCCAGGCCACUCGAACAGCUGCUGAGUCUGCUGGUUUCGGCAGUCGAUGGAGAGACGAGAUUAUCCUCACGGAUGAGCCAGAGGCGGCUGCGAUCUUUGCUCUAAAGUCAGUUGUCACGGCUUUCGAUGCGAAGCCUUUCCAGCCAAAUACCUGCGUCCUAAUAGUGGAUUGUGGUGGAGGAACACUAGACCUGAUUACCUACCGUAUCCUCAAGACUGAUCCUCUUCAGCUCGAAGAAGCAUGCAUUGGAGAAGGAGGGAAAUGUGGAGCAACAUGGAUUGAUCGAAACCUCCACAAACUCAUGCAAGAACGGUUCGCCACAGCAUUCACGAGCCUUCCCUCCACCAAAACUGGUGCUCAGAGCAUUUUUAUGGAGACGUUUGAGGGCAUCAAACGUGAUUUCAAUGGCAAUAACGGAGAGGAGCGAGUGUACGAGCUCCCAUUGAAAAUGAAACGUUUGGACGAAGAUGAUCCGGAGAUGGCAGAGAUAUACGACUUCGAAGAGGACUUGGUAAGAAUCACUGAUGCCGACAUCGAAGCAAUGUUUGACCCAGUGGUGGAGAAGAUGUUCGAGCUAGUAAGAAAGCAGCUCAGAAGUGUUCAGAAAGCCAAAGUGCCUCCAGUCCGAACGAUUGUCCUUUGUGGAGGGCUUGGUUCUUCGUCCUACAUGAAAAAGCGAUUGCAAAACCUUAUCGACUGUGAGCUUAAGGGUAAGCCGGAGCUUGUGGUACCGCCUCGACCAUGGUCCGCUAUCGUUCGAGGUGCAGUCAUCAGGGGGCUAGAAAAGUCGCCCGUGACCUACCGCCGCUGUCGUCAUCAUAUUGGUGUCACGGUGCAUGAGAAGUUUGUUGAAGGAGUCCACUGUGCGGACGACCUCUUUUUCUGCCCAAAAGAGGGACGGCGCGCGAAGAAUAAAAUGCUAUGGCAUGUCAAACGCGGCGAAAAGGUUUCAGCGAACCUGAAGAGACCUAUCCAGUGCUAUGUCGUUGUGCAUGAGACUGACAUUUCGAAAUCGGAAUACAUCGUGUACCAAGAUUUCUAUGCCUCCGAAAGCAAGGAUGCGCCUGAGCGAAUAGACUCAGAAGCAGAUGAAACAGACGUGUGGAAGGUCGGAAGAAUGAAGAUCAAUCUAGUCAAGGCUGUAGGACCUGAGCGCGCAAGACUCAAGGCACAGACCGGUCGAUAUCCAGCGCAUCUAGCUUUCGACAUAACUCUAGAGCUGACGCUCGGAUCAGACAAAGGAGUUCUUCAGAUUGAGGCAAAGCAGGGACGCAAGGUGUUUGGGAUGGUUUCCAUCGAGUACGAAUAUGAUCCAGCACACAGAGGAGUUCUAGGGUCUUCCGACGAUUGA